AGAGCACGAAGCGCCCGGAAAAGGGAAAAGAGGCCUUUUCCUGAAACUUGGCGGCCCGAAGUUGCAGAAAAAGGCCUCCAAAUGAUUGCCGCGAGCAAGUGCGCGCGCUUGGUCUGACUUGGCUUCUUUGGCUCGGGCGAUGCUUCCUCGCUAUUGUUGGGCGCGCAGCUGGGGGCGCGGUUGGGUGCAAGCCGGCUUCUUUGUUGCGAUAGCUGCGAAGAAACGAAAAGAGGAGCUUUUUCUGCAACUUGGCGGCCCCAACUUGUUGAAAAAGCCUGUCAGGCGAGACUUGUUGAACAAGACCGCUGCGCCUUUUGCUGCCGUCUGGCCCGAGGGGCCCGGUGACCUUCCGCCCUAGGCCCUCGCAUUUGUGCCUGGCCGCUAAUUGAGUCCUUUUCUGGCAGCUUGCAGCUGGGAACUUGUCCAAUUUGCGCGUCUUCUUUUUGUGUUUCUUGAUGUGGGCUCUGGAGGCAAAAGAAACACUUCGAAAGCGCCACUCCCUAUCGCAGCCUGGCACCCCAUGGCCAUGGUAGUGGACAUUUUGAGCGCGUUUCAGAAGCCACACAUUUGCUAGGCCGAUUUCCCUCCGACCUUCGUGACGAGUUGACAGUUUUACUCGUCCGCACAAAAUUUACUUACAUCGGCGAACAUCUCUACGGGCAAAAAGAAUAGCCGUGACCGUACGUGGACCUCCACUAGGAAGCAGAUCGAUUGGCGAAACGCAAAGAAAAAGCGAUAGCCAGUAAAAACGCCUGCCGGAGGUGCCGGCCCCAACGAUUCCCAGUUUGCAGAAGCAAACUCUGUGUAUUUCCCAUCGCGGACGAGGACGAAAGAGGUCGUAGAGGUUCUCUAGACGAGGACUCGCGUCACGGCGCAAAAAUCAAACAGACCAUCAUGUCGACCCCGCCACAUCAAAUUUUUCCCCCGCCGAGCAGCAUUCGGCACAACCCGCCGAGCCAUGCGGGGCACCAGCACCACCACCACCAGCAGCAGCUGGUGAACCCGAUGAGUACAAUCAGCGGGAGUUGUAGAGGACACAACAAUUCUCCCCCCCCUCCGCCGCAAAACAUCAUUAUCCCGCCGGCGGAGCUGAUCAUGCCGGUUGACCUCCCCGAGCCAACGCUUUACUUCGGAACCAUCAUCGAUUGCAAACACCAGGACCACCACAGCCUCCAGGAUCCAAACACGCCUCCGCACCCCCAGCACCUGCAGCAGAACAAUCCCUACGUACAGCAGAAUAGCUUCGCGAACAAAUUUCAAUUCGGAAAAAUUUUUUGCCCCGCGCUGGAGCAGAAGUACGGCAUCAAGGAGGCGUAUGAGAGUGCACCCCUCGUCCCCCCCCCUCAUUUGUCAUGCAAAACCCCAAAUCCAGUCGCUGCCCUGUGGCACUGUUUGCAUGACAAAUUCAUCCGGAAGCCCAAACAGUACUACAUCAGCUGCAUAAAUUUGUCAUGCAUAGGCUCCACGUGUCGUGGUGUUUGUAUUGCUGUCCAUGCUAUAUUACAAAUGAGGCGGAGGGGGGGUUGUGCACUGUCAUAAGGCAAAGUUCGAGAACAUUACCGGUUGCGAGUACAAGCUCCCGGUGCACAGUAUGGUCUGCUUCCAGGUGUACAAGCAGGCAGUCGUAAGUCCGCGGAGAAACAAUAGCCACAAAGCGCGAGGAGAUAAAAGUAAGAAACGGGCGGAGCUGAAGGCGUUCGGGCUGCAUUUGCUCCCCGUGGUGGAGAAGGUUCUGCGGGUCCCGGCGCAAUCUACUACUGCGGGAGUACAAGUAGAAGGAAACAACGGCGAAGAUCAGGUGGACACUGCUGCUGCAGAAAGCAAAACAACGGAGAUCCUGCACAAGCGAUUCUACCCUUUUGCCGUCGUGCAACAGAUCUACCAAUUCCAGCCGGAAUUGUUCGACCACUUACUGUAUGAAUUGCAAAAGCAUCGUACUCGUAGUAAUUGCACUUAUGCAUUACAAAUCUCAAGGGAAACCAGCAGUACAAAUUCAAUUUGUAAUGCAGCUGGGCUAAUUUGUAAUGCAGUUUUUAAGUAAUUUAUACUAGUACGAUGCUUUUGCAGUGCAUACGCUGCAAAAAGCGCGACCGGGCGUGAAGGUGUACAACGGGAUGAACUUUGAGGAGCUGCUGUUGGGGCGGAUCGACACAGAAGGUAGUACUAUCCUGAGUAAAAACGUACCCACGCCAGAGUUGUAAUGCAGAUUUGCAAAGACAGGAAGACUUGUAAUGCGCAUCCCUAUGAGAGCCAUUUCCAAUCGUGUUUUGGAAUUUGUUAUGCUGUGAACAGGAUGAGCAGCUGGAUUUGUGAUGCGGCUGCACUUGCUAACCUGCACUACACUGCAGCGCUCAACUUGUCAUGCGUGACUCCCAAAACUCCUAGGUUUGUGUUGCAAAAUCCCCAUCUUGACUCUGGUGUGGGUACGUUUUUGCUCAGGAUAAGUACUGCCGCUGCUUCUGCCGCGCCAACAAGUACUUCAUCACCAACCCCCAAAAUCAACGCCCUGAAAGAGAUCCAGGUCGAAUUGACGAAGGUGUUGUUUCACGGCGCGCGGAUUUACGUUUCACCCGACGAAGAUUUGCCGUUUCUUGAUGUUGGCAAAAAUAAAUUAUGUGGCGAUCAAAUUGAAAAAACUUCUUUCUAUGUGAAAUUUUUGCCCUAUUUCGACCAAAACGGGAAUCUUUUCGCAGAAAAUGUGGAGGAGCUACCGGAUCGCCCGGCGGAGGCGAGGAAGCAGGUCGUGGGGGCAAAUCCGCAAAGUAUGGUCCCGCGACAAGAUGAACGUGGUGCUGGUCCACUACACGGUAGAAGUUGUCAAGAACCUACUUCAUCGCGGAACGAUCAAUUAUCUCUGCCGGAGCUCCUGUUAAGCCGUGGUGCAGCUGGGCCCUCCACGAUGGUGAACACAAAUUCUGCGACGUCGAAGGGUCUUCACAAUGAAAAAGUUUCUACUACUAGGCCCGACGUCGGGCCCCCACAAGUGAAUCCCUUUAGUAGUACAUAUCCAACUGCAUCGUCGGGUGGACCUGCUAAGACCACUACUGAAUCUGCGAUACGGGAGCAGGGGGAUCACAAUCACAAGCAGCAGGAGGAAGAUGAGGACCAAGAGUACAAUUUCGAUGACGACUUCGAGCCAAACUUGGAUCAAUUGAACCAACCGGACGAAUUUGGCCGCUACGGAAACGAAAACGACACCACAAUCGCGCAUGGCGCGGACAUUGCCAGUGGGUACGCGGCCAGCUCCGUCCUCGGAGACAGUUCUUUCGCCAGUAGCCGAGAAAUCAGCCCGAUUGGUGUGGAUGACGCCUGUGCUGGAAGGGUGGAUGAGGGCUCCUCGAGCAGUAUUGCAAUAGAUACACAAUCGACGUUUUUGUCGUUUUUCUUUACUGUGCGUAUGUAUGUUCAAGUAGAAGAGUUUCUGUCAUGCUCGGUUUGUUUGUUGUUGAAGCGAUAAUUCAUUGCGAAUUACUUCAGCAUAUGAUCUUGUUUAUUCACUUUCAACAGUGCCCCGCGCGACAGAAGUGGCAGGUUCAUUCCCCGGAACAACUCAUGAAGAUCGGAUCCCGAUGGCGUCUGGAGUUGCACAGGAUUAUGACGAAGACGAGCACCUGUUGCAAUCCGGUGGUGGAGCUGCAGGGGGCUCCUCUUCGGAGAACGACAACAGCUUUCACAGGUCGGCGAUUUUGGAAAAAGAGGACAACGAGGAGGAUGACGACCUCGUUUCGAAUGACGAGUUUAUCCCGAUGGAGGAACAACAAACCGAGUUCAACAACAACAGUGCUGGUAGUAUGCAACUGGGUCCUGCUACCAGUAGUUGUACUGACGCACGACGACACCACCACUAUUUGCAAUUAUCCGGGGGGAGAGGGACCGUGACAUCUUCAAUGCCCCGUGCGUCCGCACUGGACCACUAUUUACCGAACGACCGACUCCCGGUUGCGACUGGGCUGGAGGAGGUACUUAUAGGAUUUUGUCGAUUUUCAUUUUUAGACAAGACAUUGUCUUGCGAAGUAGAACACUUUCAUUGCACUCAAAUUCUUGUUUCCUUUAUUUCCUUGUGCGACGACCGCAUGGUGCCAAAUUGGUUUUCUUCGUCUAAUAUCAGCCUGACCAGCCGAACAUGUUGUCGAUGCACCCCACCCACCGUCGGCACCAGCAACAGAAGCGGCGGCGCGAGAUGCGGCUGAUGCACCGCCUGGAUAUGGGCAGCGCGGUCGUCGGAGGUGCACGACCAGGAGGUACUACUGCGACAACUAGCUGUGGAGGUGGUGGUACCACGCCAAGUACUGGCGCUUUCUUUCUAUGCAGUGCAAAUAUGUCUGGGUCUGGGAACUUGUAAUGCAAGUCUGCGAUUGAUGGGCGCACUUGAAUGGGCAGCCACGCAUGACAAAUUUUUCAGCUGCCAUCUGUUGCGUAUUCCGCAUGGCAAAUGGCGUUUUUGCAUGACAGGCAAGAGAAGCGCUUUGUGCGUAUGCAUCACAGACCUCAGAGUCAUGCCAGACAAGCAUGACAAAUCUUGCAUUCUUCCAGACCCAGACACAUUUGCAAUGCAUAAUUUCCCACGCCGAACAACUUCACGGUGUCGAAGUCCGCGAGUUUGUAUCAAGAAGAAAAAUCCCCCCUCCCCAUAUCAAAACGGAAAUCUGUGAUGCAGAUUUGCAGUCACAAAUCAGCUUUAUCAUGCUAGAAGGGAAAAGAUGCGGACUGUAGUGCUGGGUGGCGUGGGGAAGCCUUGCAUCUUCAGCAUGACAGGAAGCAACUGGAAGUGGGAAACAGCAUGACAAAUUGCCUGCAAACGAGGCCACAACUGCGGCUCUUGGCCUUCUAGCAUUACAAGUCGAUCUGUGUACUCAAAUACAGCAUAACAAGUUUCGUUUUCGAUAUGGGGUGGGGGGAUUUUUCCAUUUGAUAGUUUGCGCAGCUGUUCGAACGGGAGUGUCACGCCCAGCAUGAUCGGAGGAGCUGGAGGACCACCGCCCGUGGGGGGUGACAUGACGCGUGGUCAGGUAGCUCUAGAAGACCCAGCUGGCCGAAUCCGAGACCUCCACGCAGCUCCUCUUACGCGGGACGGGAUUGUGAGUCAAAGACGUCCCCCGCUUCAUUUUCCGCCACCGGAUAGCUGUACAACUUUCAGUUCUACUAAUUCUUGUGGCAGUAGCAUGACCAUCAACGCCGGUGGGGGUCCUCUUCACGCCAAUGCUUCACUGCCGGCGCUGCACGACCACGCGAGAUCCUUAUCGCCGCCCCGCGCAGCACAUCAAAUGGGGACGAGUAAUAGCGAUAAUUUUCUUCAGCAACAGCAGCACAUGAGAAACAUCAAUGGUGGUGGCACGGUCCGGUCGCUCUCGAAUUGCUCCCUCAGAAAGGAACAUAAACCCGCGCCGAAUUCCGGGAGUCGAAUACGCAUUCUGCAAACGUAUCGUGUUCAUCUAAUUGCAAUUGCAUUUUCGAGGAUGACACGACCAUUUAGCAUGCUGAUUCAGCUUAUGGACAGAAGGUUUGUCAUGCAAAACUGCAAUUACUUACCUUAGUACGACUGCGAUACUUUUUCCGACUCGAUAAAACAAAGACCAUUUCGACAAUUCCACGAAGCCGGUGUGGUCGCUGUAUCAACUGCAAAAGUGUCUGGGUCUGGAAGAUUGCAACUUGUCAUGCUGUUUUGGGACUCUAAAAAAAUUUGUAUUGCAUGACCAGCAAGAGGGGUGCAGUUUGUGCUACACGGACAGGGCAUUUCUCAUGCGGAAGGUGCAUCAGGAAGCCCUCUGAAAGUCUGCGAUGCUAGGUCGUGCAUUACAGGCAUCAUGGGUCAUGAGAAAUCUGCAUGACAGAUGUUGCAUUCUUCCAGACCCAGACAUUUUUGCACUUGAUACGCUGUUCGACGCGACGAGCUCGGAAGCGCAGAAAAAAUUGCGGAACCUGCCGGUGGGCACGAGUUACGAAAAGGUGGUAAAAAACAUUCAGAAUUGGGACGAGGUCGGGGUGAUGGGCCCGCCGCCCCCGUUGACGGACAGCGUGUCCUCGCGGGGAACAACAGCCGGGUCUUCUUCUGCUCGCGAGCUAGAUCAACUACAACAGAUGAGGCGAAUGGAACAGAAGGGCAGAAGUUUUACUAGCGGCUAUCAUGAUUUGGAUUUGUACUCCACCUCCUGCUCGAUGUCUCCGUACCACCACAAGGGGAUGAAGGGAAAGGGGUCCUCCUGGAGCUCGAUGAUGAGUUGGAUGUACGACCGAGAUCACCACUACGCCGGUAGUGGGGGGAAGGGCGGGUACUACAAUGGGUACGCGAGCAUGUACGGACCUUCCUCCGGCGGUGGAUCUGGUUUCUCCAGCAUCUACGGAACGCCCACGCACCGGAUGACAGACCACGCCUAUAACGGAGGACCGAGAAGUAGUGGCACCACUGCAAGCGGAAAGAUGUUGAGGGGAGAGCAUCAUGAUCUUCGAGGUGGGCCGCUGCACAGUUCCUACGACGGCAACUACCGCCUCGGCUCCCCGGCUUCUAUGAACCCCAACUUGCCCAUUGGCCCACCGACGCAGCGACGACACGGGGGUGGGAGAGCAGCUCACGGCGCACAAAAGCAGCCGCUCGAUUUCGACCGAGUUUUACGGCCGCCAGGCAGUUGUACUUCCGCCGCGCCGCCGACGUCUACUUCACACAACCAGCAUGCCAACGAUCUCCCAGCCUACAGCCUCUUCGACCCGGCGAAACCGCCACCGGACACGAAAAUUUUGACCCGGAAACAAAGAGAAGUUUUAUUCGAAGCGCAGGGCGGGGGUGCUGGUGGAUUGGGGUCGUGCGAUCGGAGGAAAGCAGGGGCGACAGCCGGGAAUCUCAUUGGUCCACCUACAAUGCAGCUCUCCGCGACCACGCAGCGAGACCAUGGAGGUGCAGCCACGUCGGUUCUGAUGAAUAACCAGCGUACGAAGAGUUGCAGUUCUCUCGGACAGGCAACUACCACGCCUGCAGUUUUUUCUUCUGUGAACCAGAUCCCCAUGAUCGGUGGAACGCCGCUUGAUGUUCCGACCAGCACGACUGCGGGCGUGGUGCAAAGGCCGCCCGUGCUGCACGGGCAGACUGUGUUGGGAGAUCAUGAGACUGUUUAUUCAGCUCCGAGUGCUGGUGGCGAAAACCAAAACCUCCUUGUCCCGUCGCUCGCCGAGCAAAAACCCCGACGAGAUUCCAGCACGACGCCCCCGCCACACCAUUUGAUGAUGCAACAGCUGGGUGGUACUGGUAGUUGUGAGAGCUGCGACCCAAAUUUGUCUUGCGCAGCAGGGACGACGAUGCAAGGGGAAGGGCAAGAACUAGGACGCGAUGCUGUGGAUGAUGUGGAAAGCACUUCGGCUUUCCCCGUAGCCAGCUCGCUUGAGGAAGUAACGGGUGCGCCGCCGGCGCAGCCGGAGCCUUGUGGUGCUGGUGUUUGUGUUGACGCGCAAGGAACAAACGAUAAUGUCGGAGAAGUACUUCUAGAUGUUGAAAUGCACAAAGAUAAUGAUGAAGAAGUCCCUACUGGUACUGCUGGCCGUGUAAGUGCCGCAUCGCAGAAGGAACAGGACGAUCUCGACGGCAGUUGCAACAACGACCAAACCACGACUCGCUCCAUCACCUACAACGACAUCGCGGAAAUUGUUUCUCACAGAACAAAAGGCAAUAUCCACGAAAAAUCGGAAGCGAUUUACGGGCACUUUCCGCCAGCUGAUGCUGUUGAACAAGAAAAAAUACAGCAGCAGCAGGAACAACAGCAGUCAAGCCGUCCUCCACCCUCGGCGACGAUCUCUGCUUUACCUCUCGACCAGAUUCCCGACCAGUUCCAACAGGCUUGUUCCCCAGCGAGUAGCUUCGGAGUUUCCACGCCCCUGCAAACCAGGGACAUCAUGGUGCAGCGGCAUAAUGUUUUCCCAGUUCUUCCUCACGGCGCGCCGACAGACCUACAUCAACACAACCACAACGUCUUGGUUUCGCCGCAUCGUCAAAAUGACAAUGAGCCGCUCUCCGCGGUCAAGGAAGUGAAGCCGCAGUCGCUCCCGGGGCUGCAGCAAAAAGCCGCGUCGAACCUGGGAAAAGUGCUUCCGAUUCCCAAGAAGAAGAGCAGUAGUAACCAUGUCAUCAUGAUGUCUACUACUGCUACCACAGGUGGUCAUAAUGAGGCCGCUUUGGAUCCUCGCGGUGGCAGCAUGUACAACACCAUGGCAAAAAACGCACCGCAGCACAACCACUGCCCAGAAGAGUUAGUCCUACCCCCACCGACAAAACGUGUGAAACUGGAGGACAGCAGCUGUCGGAUGCUUUCUUCUGGAAUGACAUCAAAUUCGAAUUCUACGACCAGGAACUAUUAUAGCAAUGCUGGCAAUAAUAAUAAUUCGAUGAUGAUGGGCAUGGGCCAGCAUAAUCAUGCUGAUAUUUGCCGUUAUGAUAAUGGACGACCCCAUGGUGGAGGAUUUUUUCCCGCCGAGAAAGUGGGCAACAAGAAGAUGAUGCCCAUGCCCCUGCCACCACCGCCGAUGGAAACGAGCAUGCUUGUGAACCACCAGCUGCCUACUCCGAGCUACAUCCUUCGCGAACAACCGGAACUGACACUGAAAACGACGCCGCGUGGACAGGAAGGUCUGCAUUUGCCACGAGGAGAUAUGAUUAUGGCUGCGACGCCUGGUGGUCAUCUUCCCCAAGGGGUAGACCAGCAGCCCUUGGAGGUCGAUGUGAACCUGAACUUACACUUUUCGCAAGGUACAACUAACUAUGAUCGUGGUUCUGAACAAGAUAAAGCCUAACUCUCUCUUUUUCAGUGAGAGGAAUGAUACAGAGACUAUACUGUGCUGCUGUGUAAUAUCAAAACCUGAAUGUAUCUCCGACAGAUGCAUGAAUGUACUCCAUUCCAAUCAUGCAACUACUCUACUCUACGAUCUUUCCAGGUACUACUCCGAUGGCCACCACGACGACCAGAGACGCCGUGUCGGCCCCUGCUCCGGUGGUGCAAGCGGAUCUUGCGAAGUACGCGGGAGCAGAAAUUACUAUACCCGGCGUUGGAGGUGUUGCAGCUGCUGCUGGUGCAGCUCACGCUGCAACAGUUCUUUCUAUUAGUGAGAUGACUCACCGUCCUAUUACCGCGGAGCAAAGUCAAGAGUCCACCGCCCAGCACACCGACGCUUUUCAAAGCAACUCGUGCUCGGAGGACGCAGGGCAGUUUUUCAGUUCGAAACGAGGGAGUAGUAAGUCGACAAAUGAAGUACAAUUUCUAGGAGGUCAUGGGGCGAUCUCGACAGCUGCAGCAACAGGCGGACUUCCUGCCGAAGCUAUGGAAGAUGUGAACAAUCAGAGUCAUCAUGUGGACAAUCAGAUGGUGGAACAAGCAGCAACUCCGCAUGCAGAUUCGGACCCAGCAGCAGCAGCAGCGACGCAAAUUCUCCCUGCUGAUGUUCAGCAUCAUCUUCCCGGCAAGAAGCAGCACCGGAACCUCCGCCGCUUGGACGAAGCUGUGAAGGAGAUAAAAAUCACUAUCAAAUGCAAAAGUGUCUGGGUCUGGAAGGUUGGAACUUGUGAUGCUAACUUUCGACUCUAAAAAAAUCUGUAUUGCAUGAGCAGCAAGAGGAGUCCAGUUUGUGCUACGCCGGGAGGCUAUUUGCCAUGCGGAGUAAGCAUCAGGAAGCCCGCUAAAAAAUCUGUGAUGCUAGGUCGUGCAUUACAGACGUCCUGGGUCAUGCAACGUAUGCACGACAAACACAAGCCCGGCAAUGUUCCAGACCCAGACACUUUCGCAUUUGAUAAGCACGGACCAACAGCAAAACUAUAACGCUUGUAAAAUAUUAAAUCUCGAAGGAACAACUGCAGAUCCAGAUGCAGUAGACGAGACGACCACGACCUCUGUGGUCAACAACACCAAUAUGAACAACAUCAAAGCUACAACCUGUCUUAAAAACCGGAAAAGCGACGACCAAACGAAAUCUACCUGCAACCGUACCUCUGGCGGCUCUUCGGGGAAAUCCAACCGCGGAGUGCCGAUUUUACCGAAAAGUUUUGGUGGCGACAGUGGAAUAAAUAAUCACGGAGCAGGAGGAACAGGACCUUCGUCCAAGCAUAAAAUCUCGGGCAAGAACGAACGGGGGGCAAGAUCGAGGAGUUCCCAUCAGCAGUCGGGAAGGUCGUGCAGUGACCGUGGCGGAGGCGCGACCACGCGGGGGAUGGGGCGGAGGUGAGAUUCAGAAAUCUUCUAUAAUGAUAAUCACACGAUGUUGAAGAAUGAAAAAAUAUCUAGCGAUUGAUCAGUACCAAUACUACCGUAUCGCUAAUGAACUAGAAACAAACGUCAUAAACAAAUAGCGAUGCACCCUUUGUCUCUUUUGCCCCAAUAGUGAAGGUCACCGUACUUCUACGACUAAAAUGCAGAAAGCCUAACGUUUUGAGAAAUGCAACAUUUAAAGGUCGACCUUUUGUAUCUACACCUAGCGACAUCAGCUGUAACUCAUAAUGUAUGAACUCUUCGUAUUGCGGGCGAACAAAAAACAAAAAUUGUGCUAGUGGUUUAUGUGCUGAAGCUGCUGUAUCUAGUUGAGAAUACCGAGAAGAUUCGCGCUGCCCUACGUGGAGCGAGUAAACUUGGACGGAGGUAGUCCGUGGCAAUACUGAAUACUUUGUUAGAUGUGCUGCACCUACAAAUUACAAAAGAUGUGUACUACAGCGCUGAACUUUCAUCGAGUCCAAGCACGCGACAGACCAGCUCAACCUGAAAAACUUUUUU